AUGAAGCUGGCAAGAACACGUGCUGCUACGCUGGGUUUGCCUGGCAUCGCGCCCCAUGAGUUGGUUGCAUCGAAUGCUAUGACUAAGAAGCUGGAGAGUAAGCAGGCUAGUUCAGCUACGCGUCCGAACUUGCUUCGCUUAUCGCCUGAGUUCAUUGUUCCUUCGGAAGCUGGUUUGAACACCUUGGUAGCAACUCUGGAAACAGAGGCGCGCCGAAUGGGUGCAGAAGAGGAUGUUCGGACAAGCCGUUCUGGGACCGGGACAGAAGACUAUGAGUACACUGUUGCAGCGCAGCUCAAGGGCAAAGGCAAAGGCAGAGGAAAAGGCAAGGAAGAGCCUCAAAUUGGCAUUGAACCUCAGGAGGAGAACGACCUCAUUCGAAUGAAGAAGAUUCGGAUGGCAGCAGAGGCCAUCAAUGGUGGAAACAUCACGGUAGAUGAUAUGCUGCCUGAUGUCUGGGAAUGGGCAGAGCAGCAGCAGGAGGUCCUGGAAUGGCCUCCACAGGUUGAGGAGGAUCUCUGGAAAUGCUACCGCGAAGGUAUUUACCAGAAGGGCGAUGAGAGCUCAAGGAGGGAAGCCAAGACCGUCACGGACGCGUUGCGGGAUGUGCUUCUUCAACUUGUAUCAUUGGCAGGAGGGGAGCAGAUCAAUUUUCGUAUCCGUUCAGAUCAAAGCAAGGAGUUCGUUUCCAAGAUUGCGCAUGAAGAUCUCAAGACGUUCAAUCACUUCCGCACGUUUGCGGUACCGUAUUCGCAUCAGAGCAAUGGCAUAAUUGAGCAGUUGCUAGGUUCGCUUAAAACUUCAACUGCGUCGUUGCUCUUGAGCGGGCAGCUGGAUGUGAGAUUCUGGGAUGAAGUCAUGGUGCAUGCUGCAAAGCUCAAGCGGAUGCGACAGCUUCGCCUUCCGAUACCAAAAGAUCUGCCUAUCCGAGGGGACUUUGUUUUGGUCCGAAAGCCAGUUGAAAACAUGCCCGUUUUUGAAGACCGGACAGAACGCGAAAUGACCGACGAGGAGGAGCAUGAAACGGAAGAGAUCUUUCAACAGUUGAUGCGUGAAGCGGAGCAACGUCGUGGAUUAGCUGAGGUGGUGCCGAAUUCUGUGUUGACAGGUGAACGCGCUGCCGCUGAGCGGUGGAUUAGUGCCGUGCAGAAAGAGUUGGCUAGUGUUGAGAACAAGGAGGUACUCUUGCCGGUACGAGUGGGUCAUGAACGGGAGGAUCUGCAAUUGGAAGCUGGCGAAAAGAUCCCCCGUGAAGCACCACUCUUGGACCCGCCGGCCAUCAUGAAACGCUUGAAUCUUGUGCCACGUGGGGUUAAGUACCUUCCCUUAAAGGGGUACAUCAGCCGAAAAGAGUGUGAUAUCAAGUGUGGCGAGCUGGGACAAUUGGAGAGAAAGGCAGAACUAGUUUUCCUUGGAGUGCAAGUUAGCUUCAACGCGCAGGGCGAUGUGAUCAUCAACCAGCGUGCUUGGAUCCUUCAGGAGCUUCAUCGACGACAAUGGUUACAUCUUAAAGGCUGUACGAGCUUGCCACAACUUGAGCUUGACGAUGACGAAGCGAAGGACGAGGCGUAUGAACAGAAUAAGCUUGAGUGUCAGCGAGAGCUAGGAACACUUCUGUGGAUGAGUGCACGGUCAAGACCUGACAUAGCCAGCACGGUAGGAAUUUUGGCAUCGGAGUUGACUCAUAGGCCUAAGCGGGUAUUGCAAUUGCUUCGUCAUGUACGGCGGUACAGCCGUGGAACAUUGGAUGUCUGCCUCACCUACAAGGAAGGUGCGGCAGGACAUACAGGAGUUCACAUGUUUCUCUGA